UGUACAUAGGCCCAGCUCCAUGUUCACGUACUGUACGGUACGGUACAAGUCAGUGCUACAACUCCAGAAAGCGCGUAGUACACACGUACAACCUGAGUGACACACACCUAGUUCACUAGCACUAGCUAAAAUUUAAGAUGGAUAUUAUAAGCUUUUCUGGAUUCUAUCAAGUUUUGAGUAUUGUUGACCCCAUGAUUUGCCACAUUAUUUGUCUGGUUUAGGACCAAAAGUACGAUGAAUGAAACUGAUGUUACAAAAAGGGUGCAAGUGCAGUCUAGCACCAGUGAGGAGGUAAAUUCGGGGGAAAAAUCUCCCGAUCUGGAAGAACCAGCCGAAAUGAAGGGGUCCCAUAUCGAGGGCGUUAGUGCACCCGAGAACGGACCAGCCCAACAGCCAGACAUGUCAGCAGACGAGAUUAAACAAGAACAGCCAGCUCCUGCUGCCAAGCCACCUCUAAAUCAUCCGUUCCUCAGAUCGAGUGUCAAAAGAAAGAAAAAGGAGCCAACACCCCCACCAUCACCUCCAAAACCUGAUGAGACAGAGAAGGCUGAAGCCAAGCCAGACAGGAAGCGAUGCUGGGAGGCAUGGAGCGAUGGAGAAACAACGCUGUUCUUUGAAGCUGUCAACGAGUACGGGAAAGACUUUGAUGCCAUUCAGAAGUACAUUGAACAGCGACACAAGAAGCUCGGCUUGGCAGCUCAUCAAAUCAAGAACAAAAACCAGGUGAGGCAUCUGUACUACAGAACGUGUCAUAAACUGUUCAGCUUUGUCGAUCCUAAGCCAGAUCAAGGGAAGACCUUCAGUGAACUGUUAGCCUUGGUAAACUUUGGCGAGUUGAGGAAGAAACUGAGUUUGAAAGGGGGCAUCACCCGGAAAAUAGGACAGAAACUCAAUCUACUCGUCACUAAUGGGCAAACAUUGAUCCGUGUCAAAGGCCAGAACCGACGAGUCAAGACACCUCUUUGCAAGGCACUCAGAAAACUCAAAGGUGACGAGAACAAGUCGGAGCCCUACAAGUUACCAGCUCAUGUCUUGAUGGAGUUACAGCCGAAGAACAACAAGGCAUGGGCCUCAGUCCAAGGCACGGCACACAACCCAAGAGUCAGGUUGGUGAUUUCUCUCAAGAAAAACCUGAGUAGCAUCAUCAGCUAUCUCAACGACAAGUGGACACCGUAUAACUCAAAGCUUUUGAACACACUGAAGCCCACAGAUGACGUCAAAAACUCUCUGCGACUUAGACUAUUGCUUUCGGAAGGAGUCGAGGUGACACCACACAACCAAGUGACUGGACGCUACAUGCACAGCGACAGCAGGGCCGUCUUCUCAUUGGACACUGAGGCUCGGGUCACAAAGGCUGUGGCUGCUUCAAAGGCUGCGAAGAUCCAACGUGCGGCUGCUGCGCCGUCGACACGUACUCCUUCUGGAUGUAGCCUUGAUUGUACCAAAGAUGUUCCCGGUUUGGACAAGACAGCGGAUAAGGGCAACUGCGACAGCAACACCUUGGCAGGCAAACCAAGAAAGUAUAAGCCUCGUAAGAAGGCCAAGCUUGCCAAAAUUGACGAGUGUAGCAAUGAGGCGGGGGACCAGGAAGUACAACCAGUGCCCAUCAUCACUUCAAACCACCGCAGAAAAUCAGAGGACUCGGAGCCCAUGGAAGUCACCAAGAGUGAUUCGUCAAAGAGUCCUAUAAAGGAGGAAGCAAAUGAAACAGAGAAAAUGGAAACUGAAGAGCUGCCAGAGGUAAAAUCAGAAAUGGAGACGAUUCCUCUGGAGGAGAUGCAAUGGACAGUGGCUCCAGAGAAGGAAAUUACCAAAGACGAACAGUUGAUGGGAGAGCUUUCAGCAGAGAACUCCAAGAAUCUGACCAUGACGGAUAUUUAUUUAAUGUUAAAUAUGCCUACCCGUUUGAAGUUUGAGUAUGAGUUUGUGAAGGAAGAAAGCGGCUCAACUGAUGAUAAGCCUCGGAAUGAGUCCAAGCUUCUGCACAAGCUGCUUGCACUCGCCAGCACAGAGUUCACUGACAUCAGGAAACCUAGAAGGAGUAUCUCAGUUGGCACAGUAACGUCCCCACCACGCUUCAACAUGAUGCCAGGCAACAACACAACACCGCCCUCUAAGGCCUCCUUCAUCUCGCAACUCUCCAAGAGCCCAGGUACCCCACGAGGUGGAAGGAACGCAACCAGCAACGGUUUGAUGCGAGUCAACUCGCGACCUGUCGGCAAGCCUACCGGCACAGGGAAUGCCAAGGAUAAAGACAAUGGGGUUUUCCUGAAGCCUGCCGUGCCGUCAUCACAACAGCAGCACUCGGCUUCCAUGGAGUCGUCAACGACUGCUGCGGAGAAGCUGUUCAUGGCUCAGAUUGAGUCACUACAGAAACAGCCGUUUCUCAAGCCUAACAAUAGAAGAGGAAGAAAGCCGCUAGUUGUACAGAGAACAUUACUUCCCAGACCCCUGUGUGAACACAAAGGUCCCACCAGACACAUGAUGUCCAUGUCUAAGACCGGUCAGUUUACACCCGUCCAGCUGGGCAUUCCGGACAGCGUCAGUCAGAAGACCAUAGUACGUCCAGUCCCCAUUGCCCCAGGCCCAGCUUCUCGUGGUCUGCCGUCGAGCAGCGCAUCAAGUAAGGCCUCUAUGCCAUCCAGCUCGGACCGUACCAAUAGUCCCAUCCUCGCCUAUGCUGCAUCCCCCAUCGGCAGUCCAGGCCAGUCUAUGGUUGCCUCGCCUCUCAAUGCUUCCUCCCCUGUCUCAUCGCUUGCCAUGGCCACGCCUACAUCGUUAUUGCCUGGAGGCGUGGCACCCAUGAAUGAGAUUGAAGCAGCCAGUGCAGCAGCAGGCAUAGAUACCACCCUCCGCCCCAGCCCCCCAGAGCACACGCACCCACCCACCGCCUCGCCCCUACCCAUGGACACGACGUCAUGCAUCGCCCAUGCCGGCCCCGCCAAAACCCCCAUGUUGAACCCCAGCCCACAGAUCAUAGACGAUACCAUGGAGAUUGUAUCCGUUACUCCCAGUACCAGCUUUGAUACCUCUGAGACGGGCGGGGCUCUGGACACAGUGGGUACGGUGGGGCAGACUUUUAGUAUCCCAGCUCCUAACUUGUCUUCGUUGUUGGACAUUUCGUUACCGUCUUCAGCUGCUGCAGGAGCUGGCGAUAGCCUGAUGGACAUACCCAUAGGAUCAGCAUCAUUCACAGGUUUCAACCAGCAGCUGUCACCAAACACCAGCAACCCCAGCGUUAUGCUGCCCUCUAUGUCCCCAGUGCGUGAGUCUGGUACCACAACUCCUCCACUGCACCUAACCAGUCCGUCUUCCUCGCCGUUCAAACUCAACUCUCUCAGUCUGGACAACCAGUGGCUCAAUGGAGAGAAUGCGGAUAUAUCAUACAGCAGUAUUCUUGCCACCCUGGAGUCUCCUGAGAAGAAGGACAGACAUGGCUCUGGCUCACUAACCAUCCCACAGCCUAGCCUCAUCAGUGAGUCCUCCAGAGAUUCUACAAUCUCAAAAGAUGUGGACGCUCAUCUCCAGUUCAUGAUGAAUGAGAACAGUGUGGACUAUGUGGCUAAGUUUGCUGACCUAGCCGCUCACAUAACAGCUCAGCAGGAGGCACAGAAGGAGACUACAGUUAGCCAUUAGAGUUGAAGCUACCAAGAAUGCGGCUACUUAGUAAGUUCCCAUACUGCGUCGUAGCCAUUCAUGGCCAGCACAUGCAAGUGUGGGUGGGGCUAAAUGGAUAGGUCUAUAGAGUAAACUCUGCGCGGGAACCAGAAUACGCAGGAAAACUGUGGUACUCUUUUGGGCACGGUGAAUGAAACAAUAGUGUCCAAGUUAACUUAUUCAGUUAAAAACUGUUGAACAUUUUCUUCAGUUUCUUCCCGCUAAAACAUUUGAUGCAUGGAUGUCCAGAGAAUGCUAUAAAUGCUUUUGCUUUUUGCUUGCAAUGGAUGUAUUAUAUUUAUUGGAGAAAUUCAGUGGAUGUGGACAGAUUGUUUGUUUUUUUAACUUAGAAAUGGAAAAAAACAUAAAGCCCGGUUCAUACUCGGCGCAAAAG